AUGUGCACGCUCCCCUCUCCAGAAUGCGAGAAGCUGCCUGCCUUACCGCCCCGGAUGAGCAAAAAUGGGAGAAAAGAUCAACCUUGUUCUUUUCCCCCUGCUCGACCCAAAAGGGCUUCUGUGGAGUUUGUCGACAUCCAAGAAAUUCUCCGUCUAGCCAAAGUGAUCGAGGAAAAGAAAGCGACAUCCGGUGUGUUUCCCGGGCCUAUUUUCAACGAAUAUACGCCUCAACCAACCAACGAGAGCCGCUUAUCGCAUCGACCAGCAGAGACCGUGUUACUUCCCAGGAAAAUACAUACUCCUUCGAAAUUUCAACGGAUAACGAUGCAUGGAUAUAGAGUUGUGCGCCGAAUGAGUUCUACCCUCCUUUCUUGCAUAUGUGUUGCUGAGGCCGAUUCGAAGAACACUAUGGGAUAUACUGAUCUCGAAAACUCUAAC